AUGACUUCCGACGCGUAUACCGUCCAGGAACGACCUAUCCACUCCGGGCGAAAGCUGAGAGUCAUCUGCAUCGGCGCUGGGGCCUCGGGCCUCCUUCUGGCGUACAAGAUCCAGUACAACUUUUACGAAUCUGACGUCGAACUGCAAAUCUACGAGAAAAAUCCCGACCUCGGGGGUACAUGGCUCGAGAACAGGUAUACGUGGUCUUUCGAGCCCAAGGCGGACUGGAAACAGACGUUUGCGACAUCCCCGGAGAUUCAUCGCUACUUUGACGAGUUUGCCGCCAAGUACGACUUGGAGAGGCACAUUCGGUACAACAGCCAGGUCUCGGGCGCGAAGUGGAACGACGAGCAAGGCAAAUGGGCGGUGGAGAUCACGCAGAAUGGCAAGGUUGUCCACGAUGUCUGUGACAUCCUCAUCAAUGCGUCUGGCAUCUUGAAUAACUGGCGGUGGCCCGCGAUUCCAGGCCUGGAGAAUUUCAAAGGGCCAAAGCUACAUUCUGCCGCGUGGGACGAGACUCUGGAUCUGACUGGGAAGAAGGUCGGAUUGAUUGGCAACGGAUCCUCGGGCAUCCAGAUUCUCCCCGCCAUUCUUCCCGUGGUCGAUUCGGUCGUCAACUUCAUCCGAGAGCCGACCUGGGUGUCGCCUAUGCCUCUCCCUGGAUUCGAGGCCCGCGAGUUCAGUCAGGAGGAGCAAGAUGAGUUCCGCACCAACACGGCCAAGCACCUCGAGUUCCGGAAAACGAUCGAACGCACGGGCAACCAAGUAUUCCCCUUGUUCCUGCAAGAUUCCGACGCACAGAAACAGGCAUUUGAGCAUUUCAAGUCCGGCAUGAGGGAGCAGAUCCAGUCCGACUAUCUCAAAGAUAAGCUGGUGCCACAAUGGAGCGUCGGCUGUCGCCGCCUGACCCCCGGAGUGGGCUACUUGGACAGCCUGGCACAUCCCAAAUCGUCUGUGGUAUAUGGUGAGAUCAUGCGGGUGACCGACACCGGGCUUGUGAUGGAUAAUGGCGAGGAGCACCCUGUGGAUGUGCUCGUCUGUGCCACGGGAUUCGACACGACCUUCAAGCCACGGUUUCCACUGAUCGGUCCUGAUGGGAGUUCUCUAGCGGAGAAAUGGGCGGCAGAGCCGCUCUCCUAUCUCGGUAUCGGCGCCCCAGGAUUUCCAAAUUACUUCAUGUUCUUGGGGCCGAAUUGUCCCAUUGGGAAUGGACCGGUGCUCAUCGGUAUCGAGACGCAGGCGGACUAUUUCAUGAAGUUCAUCCAGAAAGUUCGGGAGGAGAAUAUCAAGUCUUUCAACCCCAAAGAAGCAGCUGUGGUCGAAUUCAAAGAGCACAAAGACACAUGGAUGAAACGGAGCGUGUGGGACCAAGAAUGCCGCUCCUGGUACAAGAACCCCGCGGGACAAAUCACCGCCGUCUGGCCUGGCUCCGUCCCCCACUACAUUGAGACGAUGGAGCGGCCGCGCUUCGAGGACUACGACUGGAACUACCUGACGGCGUCGAAUCGGUGGUCGUUCCUGGGGAAUGGCUUCUCGCAGCGCGAGGCACUGGGUGCGGACCUGGGCUGGUAUAUUCGGCAGAGGGACGAUGCUGUUCCUCUGGGGAAGAAGGAGAGGUUUGUCUUUACGCCAGGUGCAGACGACCACACGGUUCCGGCCGCGACGACGCUGGGGGCGCCUGUUAAUCCGCCGGUCAAUCCCCGCUUAUGA